AGGGGCGCUGGGCGGGGAGGUCCGGGCCGCGCUUCCGGCAGGGGGCGGAUGUUGGGGUUUGAAUCGGCCGUCGGUUGGCGCGCGGCGCGGCCUGGCCCGGUUCGGUCAGGUUCGAGCGACAGCCAGAAGAACUCAGGAUGAGUAAAACGGAUAAUUUUGAUGUUCAAAGCACAAAAAUCUGUGUUCUCUGUGGACGGACGGAUGACUGCCCUGAAAAGUAUGGAGAAAAAAGGACCUAUGUGGAAUACAAUCUCACUGUUCAUUAUUACUGUUUGUUGAUGUCAAGUGGCAUUUGGCAGAGGGGUGAAGAAGAUGAAGGUGUAGAUGGAUUUUUGAUCACAGAUAUUAGAAAAGAAGUAAAAAGAGCUGCAAAACUGAAAUGUAAUAUCUGUAAGAAAAAGGGAGCUUCAAUUGGAUGUGUAGCUCCUAAAUGCAAACGGAGUUACCAUUUUCCUUGUGGGUUACAAAAGGAAUGCAUUUUCCAGUUUAUGGAAGACUUCAGAUCUUACUGUUGGGAACAUAGACCAGUCCAAGUAUUUAUGGAUAAAGAGCCUAGAGGAGCUUCACAGUGCACAAUAUGCCUGGAUUUGGUUGAACAUCUUCCAGUGUACACUGUAUUGAAAAGUCCUUGUUGUAAAAAUGCUUGGUUUCAUCGAGAAUGCUUGCAGUAUCAAGCUUUGAGUGCUGGGAUAUUUUUCUUUAGGUGCACAGUAUGUAAUAACAAGGACAAAUUUCAAAAAGAAAUGUUGAGAAUGGGCAUACACAUUCCAGAAAGGGAUGCAUCUUGGGAACUUGAAGAAAAUGCAUAUCAAGACUUACUGCAUUGUUAUCAACACUGUGAUGUUAAAAGGUGUCUCUGCAAGAAAGGAAGAGACUAUAAUGAACCUGACAGUAAAUGGGAAAUUAAGCGUUGCCAGGACUGCGGUUCUCGUGGGACUCAUUUGGCCUGUUCAUCUAUGAAGUCAUGGGAGCAAAACUGGGAGUGCAUGGAAUGCAGAAGUAUCUUUGCAAAAUCAGGGAAGUAUAGCAAACGGAAAAAGCGUGCUUUGGCUGCCUCUGAAAAGACAAAUGGAACACCUUGUUUGCUGGAAGAGCCACCUCCAAAGUCCCCUCGGCAGUCAUCUGGAUCUCCACGCAGUUUUCUACUCCAAUCACCAAAGAUAAUGUGCCAGAACUUGUCACCUUGCUCACAGCUAGAACAGCCAGCAUCCAACAGAGUGACAGUGUCCCCAUCUCCAGUGAUGUCAAACCAGAACUGGUCCCUGAGGCACAAGUAUUUAAGACAGCAAAGAAAGGAUGUUUGUAAUAUACUGAAGGAGUUAAAGGUACAAGUUAAAACAAAACCAACAAGACUUAACAUCAACACAGAAAAUAUUUGGAGUAGUGCUUUAAAAGGAUUUAGACAGCGCAUCUUCAGUCCUACAAACACUAUUGAAGUAAAUUUCUCAAACUGCAAAAAUAGAUCGAAGACAAAUACUUCUGCUGCAUCAAAACACCAUUUCUUCCAAGUAUUAAUGCUUCAUCUUCAGAAUUCAUCAUUGUUUGAGGGCUCUUCUGGAAAGAACUUGACCCUUGAUUUUCAGGCUCUAAAAGAAAAUCUUUAUUUUGAGGCUGGUAAAAUGAUUGCCGUUUCUCUGGUUCAUGGUGGUCCACCUCCUGGUUUCUUUUCCAAAACGCUGUUCAAAUGUCUUGUCUAUGGUCCAGAGAAUGUGAAGCCAUCUUUAGAAGACGUUGCUGAUGUUGAUGUAGCACAAACAAUAAAAACGAUCAAAUAUGCAAAUAGUCUGUCCAGCCUACAGUCUACACUACAGGACUGCUGUGAAUUCCUCACUGCUGCUGGCUGUUUAAGACCUGUAACAGCUUUGUGUGAUAAGAACAUGCUGGUGAAUGACAUACUGAUCUAUCAUGUAAUCAAGAGAAUUACUUUACCUCUAGAAAGUUUUGGGCAGGGUUUGAAAACGCUUGGUGUUCUGGAGAAAAUGCAAAGGCACCCAGAUGUGUUCUCUAGCAUAUUGUGCCACAAACCCGAAAGCCUUUCAGCAGAAACUGUUUACAAUCUCUUUACAAUCCAUUCCUCAUCAGAUGUAAAUAAAGUUGAAGGUGCUGAUUUUUGGAUGGGCUAUUUGCAAGAUGUGGAAAGUGGUGACUCUGUAGUGACAUUGGAGGAUAUUCUGCUCUUCGUAACAGGCUCCUCUUAUAUACCAUCCAUUGGUUUUGAUCCUGAACCUACUAUUAAAUUUUUGCAUAUAAGGUAUCCCAUUGGAAACAGACUUCUUAAUUGCUUAGAGCUUCCUAGAACAACGACGUAUCAGGAGUUCAAAAAUAAAAUGGAGCUCACCAUCAGAAACACACUAAGAGAUGAAAGGGAGUAAGUAUUUUUGCUAUUAAACUGAACAUUGGAAACUUGAGUUUUCUGCAGGAACAUCUGCUUUCAGUUCGCUACUGUAUUUUUGGACAACAUGCUUUUAGUAUUUUCUGACCUUUCUUCCAAAAUAAUGCUAAAAAUUGUAAUAUUAUGAGAUAGAAAACAAUUUUCAAAUUAAAAAAAAGUUAUCUCCUGAAUAAUUUUCCUUUUGAAGUUGACUUUAAGAGUCCUCCAUCUCUUGCAGAGGUAGUUAAAUGUCAGCUUUUGUUGUAGACUGAUAUGAAAUGUUACCACACUCUGUAACAGGUAAGUAUGUGGAUCGUAUCAAAUACUUAGGUAACUUAUUUAUCAAAAACAAACCGAGUCCAUUUUGAAGAUUAUUGCUGUAGAGUGUUGUCUUGCAUAAAACUGUGAUGCAGUUCUUCAGUUCUAUGUAUAUUUUUUCAGUAAUUGUUUUGUAUUGAUUCAUUUAUGGUCUUAUGAUUCAUAAAAACCCAGGAAAAUUAAAAUACUUGUAGUUUUAUGGUCAUUGUGGCUAGUGCAUUAAAAGUCUGGAGAAAACAGGUAAAAUAAUACAGCAUAAGAACAAAAUUCUGUUGAACUUGUCUCUGUUUAUAAACAAGAUCUUUGACAUUUGCACAUUUCUGCAUUCUACUGUCAUGCAUUAAUUUUUAAUUACUCAUAAAGCCAAAACAGUAAAAACAAGAAGGAAAUCUUGAACAUGCAACAAUACCUGGUCUUUCAAAGUGAAAUAUAGGAGUUAGACUUCAUGUUGUUAAAUAUGAAAGAAAAGUUUGUUGCUCAUUAGAACAUACAAACUUGUCUUCCAUUUAAGUAUUUUCAUUUGACCAUGCAAGUCUACCAUCAAGCUUGUCUGGGCCUGACACUUUUCCAGCUUUUAUUCUAAAUUCUUCCAGUUCAGUUGUAGGCACAUUCUGAGCACUGUAUAAGAUAUAUUUCAGUGCUGCAGUAAUUUGGCUGGGCCAUUAAGCAGUAAAAUAUAAGUAGUGAAAUUCCUAUAUAGCAACAUUUUAAUGUUCCUAAUGCUAAAACUAUGACAUUAAAAGGACAUUUAAAUACAUUCUUUUCAAAUGUAUGCUGCUCUCUGUUUUGAAAUUAUACUGUUUCCCUCUGUUAGUUUUGAGUGCCUGUGCUAUAUGUCCUUAACAUAAGCUGUGCUAUACAUGUAAAAUAGAUACAUAUGUGUCUGUAUGUACGCACAUUCUUCAAAAUACUGCAAAGUAAUUAUAUACUUCUUUGUUAAUAUAGCUUGUUCCGAAUUGAAAAUAUAAGCAGGAUUGCUUUACAUUUGAAUGCUUUGGCAAGGAAGUACAUCCACAGUAAUUAUAAAUGGAUAGGUGCUUCCGAAAAAAUAAUAGAAAGUCUAAGGAAAUCAUUGCAAGUGUUAGAUCAGACAUUUCUCAUUACUAAUGCCUAAAACAAUCUAAGCAGUCUUGUCAUUAUAAAUUUAAGAAUAUUAGAAAUUAAGACAAGAUUAGCAGUGGUUUUUGCUUGUUGGCCAAAAGCAUAUUCAAGUCUCCUUUGAAAGAAACAUAUCAUCUCUUAGAGAAUGUAAUUUGACUUGUUUAUAUACUAAGCAUUUUCUCAGUGUCUUCUCCAAUAAUAUUCUGUGUUUCUAAUCUUUGCAUAAUUUUUGACUCUUAUUCUGUCAAUAAAUUCUUUGUAUUCUUAGCCUUCACAAUGGUCUGUUACCAUGACAGGGAGAGUGAUUUGGCACAAGUUUGUUUACAUAAUAAGGAUUCGUGUUGUAUCUUUGUAUUUUUCAAAAAUAAUUACUUUCCUGCAGAUAUAUUAUACUUUUAAAAUGAGCACAGUAUUUGUUUUUCUUGCCUAGCUAAUGAUAAAUAUGUUCUGUAAUGUUAUUCCAUAUGAGAAGUACAGAUUUUACAAAAGUAGCAAGCAGAGUGUGAGUAAUUUCAAAGGAUGAGGACUUUUGGUACCUGCAGUGGCAAGAGAAAAUGUUCAGAACCUGGAACUAAAUAAACAGCAUUUUAAAACCUUCAAUGGGGAAAGAAAUAAUAAAACAAUGUGAACUUAAGGCUUCAAAACAUACCUGAGAUUACAAAAAUAGAGUUCACACCUUUUAUUGCUUAUUACUUUUGAACUCAGUAGUUGAAAGGCUUUUAUAUAAAGGCAGAACUAACCUAUAUGCCAGGUGUAAAAAAUGUCCACUUUAAAACAAUCUGCUGUACAAUGCUAUAUCCAAACACUGAAUUCAUAAAAUCAGUAAAAACACAGGAUGUAAUAUUGCUUGAAAGGGUUUUUCUUAAACAGAUUCUGUUCCCAUUGUCUAAUACUGACAUGUACCUGUUCAGGACAAGUCAUCUUUCACUUUUCUGUUGAUUUGAUCAGCUCUAUCUACACACUCCAAUAUAAUACUUCAUAUAUUCAAGUUGUAUUCAUGAAUGCUGCUAUGGAAAGGAAUUUCCUCAUUUUCAGCAUUUAUUUAUAUAGAUCAGUCAUAAAUAUAUUUGAACUGUUCAUUAGUGACAUUGUAAGAACAAUUUAUAUAGCUAUAAAGACCCUAGGUUUUUUUUUUGUAGCAGAUCACUGAAGUGCAAUAUUAUGGGGUAGUUUCCAUUUUACAUAAACAUAGCCUGAGGCACACCUUGACAUUAGGGAGGCUACUUUCAGUAUUUCUGUAACACAGGGAGAAUAAUUGUGUGUGCAUCAGCUGUGUAUUAAAUAUAUUCUUAUAGAAGCUGAGUCUUUUAUAAGAUUUGUCAGCACCAUGAAAGAACUAUUCCAGUCCUUUUUGUGUUUGGCCAAAGAACUUCAGUUCCCCACAGUUUCUGCCUCAAACCUUUAGUUUCCAUCUGGAAUUAGCACAUCAAAUAAGCUCUUUGUUUUCUAGAGUGAUAAUUUCCUACUGAACGGUAAUAUACUAGAAUUAGUGGGUUUAGUAUGGUCUCCUUAACAAUGUAGAUAGAAUAAAAAGACCACUAUCAAAUAUUUUAGCUCUGUGUUUGAAAAACCGAGGAAUAAGAAAUUUGUGACUUGCUUUUUUGCCCACUCAGAGGAUGCUUACCAGAAAAAGCUGUUAGAUUUUUUUAACUGAAUGAAGAGUGAAAUAUAGUCCAAAAGAGAAAAAAAUUGUUCAUACUAAAAGUCUAAACCAUUGUGUGCUGCACCUUUGAUUAUUUUCAUUAAGAUGUUAUGUCCUGGAAUUUGAAAACAUAAGAAUUUUGAGAGUACUUGUUAUUAAUUCACACUCACAUUCUGCAUAUGCAUUUUGAAAAUAGUAGCAAAAAAAUCUAAUUUAAAUAGAAUUGCAACACAGAAGCCUACAAAAUAUGCCUUUCAAGUAUAUUUUGAAUCUGUUUUAUAUGGUAAAACAUGUUUAAAGCUCAAACUUUUCUGUUUCUUACCUAAGGGAAUGUCUAAUAGGAAAAAAGAAAAGUUAAAAUGCAAAACCUUUUGAAAUGUCAAAUCAUAUGUAUACAGAAAAUAAUUUUCAAAGUGUUAAUGUUUGUAAAAAACUACACUCUAACCCUCUGAUGUUUGUAUUACAUAAACAAUAUUAUUUUUGAAGUUAUGGUAUUUAGAAUGUUAUGCAAUACAAUGUAAUUUUGUAAAUUUUUUUAGUUCUAACUUGAACUCUGCAGGAUCAGUGCCUAAACUGUUGCAUCUUCAAGCGGUGUUUUGUAGCAUCAGUGUUGAAAUAAUCAGUAAUUGUGGGAAAUAGUGUGUAUAUGUCCAAAGUGCAAUAAAGGGUUAAAUAUGUA